GAUACCGCUGUGAAACUGUUAAAUGCUAGACGAGGCGUGCUUCGAACGCUAGCAGUCCUAUAAGAUGGCCGUCUCUUCUCCGGCAGGCGCCGAUGACUGGGCCAUAAGGUAGAAGAAGGGAGUUUUCGAACGAUCUUUACAUAGCUGAGGAAGCAAGAAACGGAAUCGAAGCUUUGAUCGCAGCUGAGGAUUUAACAUCAGCACAUUCUGAAGGAAAAAAACAAAAACUCUUCUUAUGGAUGAGAAAACAGCUAUGAAUGUGGAGUUUCUCCGAGCAAGAUUGCUUUCUGAAAGAAUUGUUUCUAAAACUGCAAGACAGAGAGCUGAGAUGCUGUCUCAAAGGGUUAUUGAGUUAGAAGAACAGCUCAGGAUAGUGAAUAUCCAGAGAAAGAAAGCUGAGAAGGCAGCUGAAGAAGUUCUGUCCAUACUUGAAACUCAAGGAAUCACAUGCAUCGCAAGGUUAACUGAUCCAAGCACUGACCAAGAGAACAAUCAGCUUACUGACCAAAAGGGAAAUCAGUGUACAAUAAGUGAUGAUGUCAAAGAGGAUAAAUUUCUCACAUCCUCCGGAAUGGAUGGAAGUGAGGUUGAUGAUGGCUUAUCAUGUUCAGCUAUUGAUGGCUCUCCAUCUGAUUACAAUUGCUUAUCUUGGAAAAGCCAUGGUAGCAGCCUAGACUCUCACUCUCAGGAGAAGCUAAAAACAAAGCAGAAUAGACAUAAACAUAGGAGUAGCUUCAUCGUUACUGUGAAAUCCUCCCAGCGACGCCCUGGAAAGUCAUGUCGUAAGAUAAAGAGGUCUGAUAUAGGAUCAGCUUCAGACAAUGAAUUACAGAAAGCUACCCUUCUUGAUGAUCAUGGAGAUGGACUUGUUGCGCAUUCUGGUGGUUUUGAUGAAAAACGUGAAUGCCCUUUGGAAGCUUCUAAAAGCAAGAUGGACAAAUUUUCUGUUGAUUCUUCUUUAUCAUUUUAUCCUGAUGGUCGAAAUAGAGAAACCAAAGUUGGUGGUGGAAAAGAUGAUAUGGAUAGAGCCCUGGAGCAGCAGGCUCAGCUUAUCAUUCAGUUCCAAGCUAUGGAGAAUGCUCAGAAGGAAUGGGAAGAGAAAUUUAAUGAGACUAAGAUGAAAAUGCUGGACAAUCCUGAACCAGCUAACCAGGUUAAUGUCCUUGAAAAUAGCAACUGCUCUGCAGACAACUCCAAGCUUGUUGCUUGGAUUCCACAACAUGAAGAGGAAGAAAAAAUAAGUGUUAAAGAUAUUUCUUUCACUGAGGAUAAAAAUGCUGCAAGAUGCAGAAAUUGUGAAAUGAACGAAGAAAAAGUAGCGAAUGAUAAGUUCUCCUCUGGCAUAUUAUCAACAUCGAUCUCAACCCCCAGCAAUAAUGGUUCUAAUGGCUGCAUAAAUGGCUUGUUGAACCCGAUUCAUGAAUCUACUACAAUCAAUGUGAUUGAAACUGUUUCUAAAUCUUUCACAUUUCCAUCACAGGACGGCUCUGAUUUGACAAGCAAGUUGAGUCUUGGAUCAAAAUUUGAGAAAUCUAAUACUGGUUCAGCCACAAAUUUAAAAGUGCAUUCACAUGAUCAGGCUGUUCAUCAGAGUUCAUCGAAGAAGCUCUACGCCCCAGAUAAUAAAAAAAUCCUCUGCAGAUUGGAAAUACCAGAAAGCCUAAUAGAAGAGCAAUAUAAUACAAUAACGCUUGACGAAGCUAACCAUGCUACUCAGAUAUUCACAAUUCCAUCACAGGAAAGUCCUGGUUUGGUUGCUAGCAGGCAGGAUCUCAAAGGAUCAAUUUAUGAGAAGCCCAAUACUGUAAUUCACAGGAAGUCAAAGGUGAAUUUUCCAGAGCAGGCGAUAUUUCAUUCUUCAUUAACAGAGAAACUUAAACCUUUUACAGGUGAAAAAUUAUCUAAUAAAGAGUUGCCAGAAGUUGAAGAAUUUCCUAAGCGGAUAUCUCGGCCGACCAGCAGCAGCUUGGGAGGUGUGCUGCAGUCGCUUCAUCGAGCAAGGAUGUCAUUAAGGCAGGAACUAGUUAGAAGGUCUGAUCCUGCUCAAAGCACCUUGACUGUUCCUUCACCUACAAAUUCUCCAAUAAAACCUGAUGUUCCAAUUGAUUCUUCAGUAUUGUUUAGGCUACCCUCUGAUUCCUUCCCUCAAUCUGUCUCUGGAUCAAACAUUUAUGGUUCUGGAUUAAGGGCAACCACUACUCGGUCCGACCUCGGGUUCACAAACUCUGCUGUUUUGGCUGGCAAGGAGUAUCUGAAUCGAUCUGCCGGAGCUUCGUACCUUCAACCUGGAUCUAAUGUUUCUUUUAGCAAAGAUUUUGGCGUUCAAUACCCCUUUAGUCCAUAUAUGGAUGCGUAUUUGAACAACUACCCUACUACUAGAUUUGUUGAAUCUGAGACUGUCAAGGAGUAUUUUGAUAGACACUCAAAUUCAAGUAUCUCAUCAGCAUCUGCCACUGACCGUCCUCUUUAUUACCCAGAUUUGUCUUCAAAGAAACUUUCUCUGCGUAAUGAAAUCUCAAAGACUUCCUCAGAUUUCAGAAGUAGAAAGCCUUACACCGAUAGAUUCAAUUACGGCAGAACAUCACCUUCUCCAAUUUGAUAAGUUGGAUGUCACUGUGAUGUUUGUUUAUGUUAUCUCUGUAAGUUAUUAUAUUUCUUCUUUUAUAGAGUUAUAAUUCAUCUGUGCUCAUUUUGUUUUCUCUUCCUUGUCUGCAACAUAUAGAACAACACUGGAUUUUUUAAAAUUUCAGUCCUCUACUGUUAUAAAUUUGAGUAGAUAUGUUAAACUAUUGCUUUUGUUCAGUUUAGGGUUUAGCUUACAAUAUUGUUGUAAGCCGCUGUAAUGGCUAAAUUCUGGUAAUCAGAUGUGUUUAAACUUAUAAAGAAUGUGAAAAUAUUUCAUAUAUUGAUUCAAGUUGUUAUUGUUCAUAUUU